UAUUUUUGGACCCCCCGCCCCCUCCCCUCACGACCUUUAAACCUUCGUGUUGAAUCAAAUCACCAUUGCUUGCUCCUUUGUUCCUCCUUGUCCCACUCCCCUCUCGUCGACCGUCAUGGAUCAAAGCCCUCAUCCCCGUCGUGAAUUGACCUUCUUGGGCUCCGGCGACUUGCUCCCCACGAAUAAUUCAGAUCCGAUAACAGAGAAUCCCAGCGGCCCCCGCCAUCCUCCCAUCAAAGAAAUGGAUUUCUUCUCCCGUUCCGUUGACAAAAGCUGUGAUUCUAGCCCGCCUCGGGAUCCGGAUCUUGACGACCGCCAUGAUGGACAUGGAUCGGUUCCUUCUGCUGUUCGGCCUGUAAACACCGGCCUAAAUCUAACGCGUUUAAGUUAUGGAACUUCAGAAGCAGCAAGUGAUGAAAAUCCUGAUACCGAGCUCAUUACAGUCCAAGGUGAAUUACGAAGACUGCAUGCAGAGAACAGGAAGUUGAGAACUAUGCUCGACCAGAUCACCAAAAGCUAUAGCCAACUGCAAGCUCAGCUGUUCAUCGCUUUGCAAAAACAAAACCCUAUGAAGUGGUUAUCGAAACAGAAGGUCGAAGCAAAUGGCAUAGUGGCGGGGAAACAGUUGAUGGACCCACAGCCAUCUACCAAUUUAGAGAUUAAUAAUCCAUCUAUUUCCGAUGAUAAGACCCAAUCUUCGGCGCCCUCAAACAAUGCGGAGGUUAUGUCAAACCAACGUGAACACCAUUUGACUAAACUUCUUGGGAAGCGAGCUUGUCCUGAAGAUGCUUUUGACCGCUCCUCUACUCAGAGUUGGGAGUCAUCCAUGAGCACCAAGUUACAAGAAUCCAAGAGAUCAGACGAACAAGUUUCGGAUCAGGUCGCCUUCAGGAAAGCCAGGGUUUCCGUACGUGCAAGAUCCGAAGCUCCUCUGAUAAGUGAUGGAUGUCAAUGGAGAAAAUAUGGUCAAAAAAUGGCGAAGGGUAAUCCUUGUCCCCGUGCUUAUUAUCGUUGCACUAUGGCCGUAGGAUGCCCAGUUCGUAAGCAGGUGCAAAGGUGUGCCGAGGACAAGACAGUGCUGAUAACAACCUACGAAGGAAAUCACAACCACCCCCUUCCUCCGGCAGCCACUGCAAUGGCGAAUACAACAUCGGCGGCGGCGGCAAUGCUCCUGUCCGGUUCAACCUCAAGUACGGGCAAGGAAGGCUUAACACCUUCAGCGGGAUAUAUGUGUUCUAUGGCCUACCCGUACGCAUCUAUGGCCACUCUGUCGGCGUCUGCACCAUUUCCAACUAUCACACUGGACUUGACCCAAGUCCACAGCGGUGGCUUGCAGCUGCAACGAGCACACCCCUCAUCAGGGCCCCGUUUUCCUGUGCCAGUAAUGCUGCAUGGGUGUCCGCCGGGACAGCUCAUAGCACAUCCCAUGUUGUUCCCGCAGAACAAGCUUCAAGUAGGGCAAAAGCUGCCCAUGGUUGAGACGGUGAGCGCAGCCAUUGCUUCUGAUCCCAAUUUGACUGCAGCACUGGCGGCUGCAAUAUCAUCUAUCAUAGGGGCGUCCGGCAGCCGCGGAGCAGCAAGUAAUAACACGGUUGCUUCACCUACCGGAGUUGCUAUGAAUACUAAUAAUCCAAAUAAUGCCUUUAACCCCAUGCCUGUGCUGCCUGUCUCCCCGCAACUACCUCGUUCAUGCACCACGCUCUCCACCAACUAGCGUCUCAAAUUUGAUCCGCCACUGGUUUUGGCAUGUACAGAAACGAUGGACAAGAGAAGACCAUAUUUAUUAUCUUUGUUAUUGCCAUUGUUAUCAUUUUUUUCCUUCAGUUUUUAAGUAAUAAUCAAGAAGUAAAACUUUACAGGAUAA